GAUGCAGUGGAAAUAUUGACCUCAAACUUAACAGUCUCCUUAGGAAUCGCGAUAUACUCGCAUAGCUGCAGAUCUCGCUGCAUUACCAGUGAAGAUGCGGACGCCAGCUUUGCUCAUCUUUUUCAGCAUAGUCACCUCUCAGGGUCUGGCUGAUCAAAUCAACAGCCCAGGUUGUGGUGUCACCAAACCUCUCGGCAGGAUAUACAAUGGCAAGAAAAUUGGCCGAAUUGACAUGCCUUGGAUGCUUCACAUCAAGGCAAUGUUCAUGACUAUCCUUAGUCCUAGCAGUUCUAAACUCGAGACGGUCAGCUGCGGUGGCAGCAUCUUAUCCCCCCGGUUCAUACUAACGGCAGCGCAAUGCGUCGGCACAGGAAUUCACCGAGCGGUCGAUAUUUCCGUCUAUUACAAUACCACACACCCGGGCAAAGGUGCUUUUGCUCCAGUGGAAGACUUCAAAGCGCACCCCGACUACGGCAAACGCCCGAACGGAUACGACAUAGCGCUUAUAAAGCUGAAGGACCCACUUGACUUCGACCAGUCUGUCAGACCUAUAUGCUUACCCACACAGCAAGUGCACCUGACCAACAGGAAUGCGUUCGUUGCUGGAUGGGGAUUGACAAACGACUUUACGAUAACACCCUGGCUCCACUACUUCAAAACGAAAGUUGUGCCAUUUGAUUACUGCCGGAAGUGGUAUACUGCCUUGCUCAGUGAGGAUGCUGCAGGAAGUGCGGAGCUCGUUUGCACACAAGCGAAACACAAAUCCGCAUGUGAGGGCGACGCGGGUGGGCCGUUGACGAUCUGGGAAGGAAAUGGUCAAAGAUACCUGCAAGUCGGUGUAGCGUCCUUCGGCGCCAAGACGGGUGGAUGCUCUAAUCAGCAAAGCCCGAAUGUGUUCACCCGCGUGUCACACUUUGUGCCCUGGAUCCGCAAGAUGGUGCAGGAAGAAUGGUGAACCUCGCAGGAUGGAGUGUAGUAGUGACUACAAAUAAGGAUGUGAUGCGGAAUUUUGUGAUACGUGUCUUGACGACUCGUGUAUUCGGAAAACUUAAAUAAACGUGACUACAGUG